AUGACACGGAAUAGAAAAGGUAUUCAUGUAGUAAGAACUCACUCAAGAUUAUCCAAUGAUGAAAUGUUCAUGGUACAAGCUUCAAUAUCUGCCAGCGUCGCAACCAAAGUUGAAAAACAAGGAAAAAUAGAAUCAGUCACCACUACCAACAAAUGUAAUCAAUCUGUAUCAAAUCUAGAAUCCAGUGCUUUGAACACCACAACAGCUACCUCAAAUCAGAAAUUACUCACAUCAAAUCAAAAAUCAACUACCUUAAACUCAAAAGUAGAAACUUCAGGAACAAAAUCAGUCACUGUGAAUGUGGAUGUAAAUAUUCAAAAAUCGGGUGUAGGAAAAUCAACCAAGAAAUUGAAACCUAAAUCAAUUCAAAAGAGAUCAAAAUCAGAAGACAUCAAAGAUCCAUCUGCAUUAAUCCUAGCCAGAGCAAAUGAUUUGAAUGACAAUAACACUGGGUUGAUCAGCAAAUUGUCAAUUUUGCUAGCUUUAAUGGAAACUUUUCAAAGUAGAAAAAAGAAUAAAAUUAUUAGUUGGCACGAAACUACUGUUAGGUAUUUUGAUAUCAAAAAGAAAUGGGAUGAAGCCGGUAAAGAAUUUGUCAAAUCAAUUAUUGAAAUUAAAUAA